UAUAAUAUUUACACAUGAAUUCAUAAUAAGGAGGGGUUAACAUCGUUGUGCCUUAUUCAUAAGUUUCGCCCGCCGUCGCCGUCACCGCCACGCCAUCACCGCCGUAUCCGUCACUGUAUCGUCGAGCCGUUUUGCUGCAACGCUUAGUAUCAGGUAUGGGAGCUGACGAGGUUACAGUGGAGCAGACUCCUUCUGGAACAACGUCUGAAUCUAUUGAAGCCUUGCUUGAGGCUGCCAGAUAUGAUGAUUUGGAUGAUGUCAUGAGCUUUGCAUCUUCUGGUGUUUCUCUUGAUUCAAAGGAUUCCGAGGGACGAACAGCACUUCAUAUGGCUUCAGCAAAUGGGCAUUGUGGCAUUGUAGAGUAUCUUAUUCGUAAUGGAGCAGAUGUUAAUGCUUCCAAUGUGGAGAAAAAUACACCUCUUCAUUGGGCUUGUCUAAAUGGACAUAUCGAGGUAGUGAAGACCUUAAUCCUUGCUGGUGCAACUGUCUCAGCGUUAAAUAGCCAUGAGAGGACUCCAAUCGACGAGGUCGUGUGUAGGGGUAAAAUGAACGUCAUCGAUGCGAUCAACGAGGCGGUAGCACAACUUGAACUCACUGGUACAACGGUAUCAUAAGAAGUCGAAAUUUUACUUGUACAUUUUUCAUGUGAGGAUGCAAAAAUCUUGCUGGUGGUCAUUAUGUACAAUGUUUUCUAACAACUUAAAUAGCCUCUCUUUCAAGUAUUAUGUAAGGUUUGAACUUCUACUGCUCUCUCAUAUCAUAUCUGGUGACUAAGUUGACAAUGGCAAAUGAUCCAUACUCCAUUAUGUUAGUGUCAAUUUCCUUGACCAAUUUAUCAAGUCAGUUCUACAAGGACAGCUUUUCUUU